UGCCUCACACCUAGCAUUCAUUUCUCCGCUCGGUCAGCAUGCAAUGAAAGGGCCUCUCGCAUAAGGCCAAACUCUAUCCUCGAACCCAGAUGGUGAUUGAUACAUGUGACCCGGCGAUUGCCGAUUUUGAAACUGUAACAGCAGUUAGAACCAUCCCGAUAUUCCAUUCAACCUUGGGGCUCUAUCAUGGUCGGCGUUCGAGACAUCAGCGCUGCUGCAUUUAUCCAUGCCUACGCUCUACAUUUGAAACGCUCAGGGAAGCUCGAGAUUCCGAACUGGGUUGACAUUGUCAAAACUGGCCACUUCAAAGAACUGGCCCCAACUGAUCCCGAUUGGUUUUAUGUUCGUACUGCCUCCAUCGCCCGGCGCAUCUACCUCCACAAAAGUGUUGGCUCAGCUUUCCUGAAGAAAGCUUAUGGCGGCCGUAAUCGUCGUGGUUUCCGCCCACCACACCGUGCUGAGGGGUCUGGCAGUAUCCAGCGGAAGGCAUGUCAGGCUCUCGCAAAGCUUGGUGUUUUGGCAAUUAGCCGUGACGGGGCACGAAAAAUUACUCAGGACGGCGAGCGUGACUUAGAUCGGAUUGCCGCUUCGGUGCAUCAAUCUAUCAAAGCAAAAAGACCGCGCAAGAAGAAGGUAGGAAAAGGCGAGGAGGAAGGAGACAAGGAGGAAGCUGAGGAAGAUAUCGAGGAGGAGGCAGAAGAUGAUGAGGAAUAACUCACUCUUUCCUCAUUUCAUUGUCUGUUUCUCUAUUCCAUGUAAUAUGCCAUGACGCCUCAUUCCCCAAUGCACCUUCAUGCCCCAAAACUUGACCAUCUGCUUUGCCUCUUACAAUACGCUCCCCCCCUCAGGCUUACGAUUAUGAAUGAAAUUAUCUGUCAAAGCCCU